UUCGCAGCCAAGUGUUGUUUGUUGUUUGUUGAAGUGUUAAAUUGUUUAUGUUUGUAUUGUUGUUUCAAGAAACUUAAGUUCUUGCACCCAAAAAUAAAAUAGACUAUAGACUAUUAAGUGAAGUGUUUUUGUGUAUAUUAUUUGUUUUUGAUUGUAUGCAAAAAUAACCAUGGAUUUUUUUAUCGAAGCCACCAUUAUAGGAUGUAAUGAGGUUGAAACCGAUGAUAAUUAUUUUCAAUUACGCUGUAACUGGAACUAUGAUGUUGAAAAUAUUUUAAAAGAUGUUUAUCGAGAAUCCGAAAGCAGUUCUAAUGACAGUCAAAUAUCAACCGAUGUCACAGGCGAUUCAAAUUGUGAACACACACCAGCAUUACAAUGGACCCAAGAUCAUACAAUUCAAUGGAUUCAAUCGUACAUAGCAAAAAAUUGUUUCGAUCCAAGUGAUUUUAAGAUUGAUAAUUUUACUCAUAUUAAAAAUGGUACCCAUUUGUACAGCAUGACUUUAGAAGAUUUUAUUAUCUGUGAUCCAAAAUACGGUCCAAUGUUAUAUAAUGGCAUUCAAGCACGUAACCAUUCUCAAAUCUUUCCAAGAUACGAUCCUCAGACAUGUAACGCUCUCCGGCGGGAAUCUCUAGAAUCUCAAUGUACGCAACCAGAAGAAAGCCGAUUAGAUGAUCUUUACAGACCUGAAUCUCUUGACGAAAUUGACUAUAAUUCACAUUUACCAACAGUAUUGUCUACAUUCACCGAUACCACACCUUCGAAUAUGCCCGAAAGUAAGAGUAUAUUACAUACAGUAAGACGUGGUCGUGGUCGGCCGCGUGGACGUACAACUUUAGUAAAGAAGAAAGAACCAAAAAAUUCAUUGGGACGUUUAUGGGAAUUCAUCAGAAAUUUACUUCACGAUCCAAAUUAUUGUCCAGCAAUUAUUAAAUGGGAGAAUCAUGAAAAAGGUGAAUUUCGUUUUGUUACACCCGAACGAGUUGCACAAAUAUGGGGAUCUCGAAAACGGAAUACUACAAUGAAUUUUGAAAAAUUUAGCAGGGCACUAAGGUAUUAUUACGAUUCAGAAAUCUUUCAACCUGUAAAUGGACAUAAAUUAGUAUAUAAGUUUGGCCCAUCAGCAAAAGGUUGGCAAACAAAUAAUCCAAAUUUUGAAAAGCAACAUACGCCAUGGAUUUCAUCCAGUUAGUAAUUGUAAAUGAUAAUAUUUUAAUGCGCUAGUCACUAAAUAAUUGUAAAUAUU